CAACAAAUAUUAAGUAGAGGAUAGAUUGUGGUUACACUUUUAGCAUAAUGGAUAAGUCAAAUUCAGAGGAAUGUCCUCCAACCACAUAGAUAGAACAAAACAACACAAUAAGAAACAAGUUUCAUUUUCUUAGCAAAAUCGAAGCCAACAAUGGCAUCCCUGCAGAAUUCACCAACACUUCACCGGACACUCUUUCACAACUCUUUCCCUCAGAAGCAUGGUAGUAGUAGUGGUACUUUUCGUUCAUCUAGAAGAGAUGGCAUUUCCUUUAUUGUCAAAGCUGAACAAGAACCUUCACCUUCUUCAACAGAUAUACCGGGAAGGCGCCAAGUGAUUGCCAUCGGGACUGCUGCCCCAUUAGUUUUUCUGUUCAACCAACCCUCAAUUUCUUUUGCCGCAGAAAGUAAGACAGCAUUUCAGCCAGUUGUUGCAGACAGUACGAAAGGAUUUCAGCCAGUUGUGGAUAGGAAAGAUGGAUAUUCAUUUGUAUACCCUUUCGGGUGGCAGGAAGUAGUGAUUGCUGGUCAAGAUAAGGUGUUCAAAGAUGUUAUUGAACCACUGGAAAACGUCAGCGUAACUAUGAUCCAAACUGGAAAACAAAAUAUUAAAGAAUUUGGGUCCCCUGAACAGGUUGCUGCAACUCUAAUAAAAAAGGUUUUGGCACCUCCAAACCAAAAAACAAAGAUAAUUCAAGCAACUGAGCAUGAAGUUGACGGAAAAAUAUAUUAUCGAUUUGAGUUCGUUGCUCAAGCACCAAACUACACUCGUCACGCUCUCAGCGCAGUUUCCGUUGGCAAUGGUAGGUUUUACACCUUAACUACAGGAGCAAAUGAGAGAAGAUGGGGAAAGAUGAAAGAUAGAUUGCAGACCAUAGUAGAAUCCUUCAAACUAUUCAAUCUUUGAUGACAAUCGAUUAUUGUACUAUUAGAGAUAAUAAACUCUUCAAUCGGCAAGAAUGUUUAUUUUUGAGCUUUUAUCUGUUUGUAAUUUUUUCAUAUAGCUAUUCAUUCAUCAAUGGAGUCUUUGUGAUUAUGAUUGUUACUUCAGAAUUGCAAUUUAGAAAGAAAAUAAUCAGACUAAACAAUUGUUAAUUACAUCUAAAUAGCAAUUCUGAUCAAUCUUAACCACAGAGAUUCCUCCCAUCAAUGUUAUGGUUGAAUAUAUCACGGCAUACCCUUCUGCCAAGGUAAAUAGAACUCUUUCCGGUGCUUACUUCAA